CUUUUAGCCACAUUCACCAAAGUUCGAGCAAGGGCCGCUAUUCUGCCUGUGGCCCUCUUAGUUGAUUUGUAGAGAAAACAAGCUUCCACUUUUGAAUUCUACAGAAUCCUCAUUAAUAUAGAAAAUACACAUAGUCCUGAAACCUACUAGUUUCUGAAAUUUGAUUUUGAUUGCGAUUCAGUGAACUUCCUCGUUUCCACCAGUUUCUUUACUUUUCCACUUUUUUAUCACAUACCUUGAUCUUCCAUAUGUCCGCACUCGACGAAAAGUAUAUUGGACUCGGUUUGGCGAUGUCAUCGUCGUUGGCGAUCGGUACUUCUUUCAUUAUCACCAAGAAAGGGUUGAUUGCAGCAGCAGCCAGGUCAGGUGCUUCGCAGGUCCAAGCUUCCGAAUAUCUACAGAACCCAGUGUGGUGGGCCGGUAUGAUUACUAUGGCCAUAGGAGAAAUUGCCAACUUUGCUGCCUACACUUUUGCACCUGCCAUCUUGGUGACUCCAUUAGGUGCAUUAUCUGUGAUUAUCGGUGCUGUGUUAGCAGCGAUCUUUUUGAAGGAGGAGUUGGGCACGCUUGGCAAAAUGGGCUGUGCCAUCUGUUUGAUGGGAUCGGUGAUUAUCAUUCUCCAUGCUCCUCCCGACAAGGAGAUUCUGACUGUUGACGAGAUCUUGGGCUAUGCAACUAAGCCAGGAUUUUUAUUCUACUGCUUCUUGGUUAGUGUAUAUUCGCUCUUCAUGAUCUACAAAAUUGUGCCUAAGUACGGGCACACCAACCCCAUGAUCUAUCUCUCUAUCUGCUCCUCUGUGGGCUCCAUCUCGGUGAUGUCCAUCAAAGCAUUUGGAAUAGCUCUUAAGUUGACUUUGGGAGGAAAUAACCAGUUCACCCAUUUGUCCACUUACUUGUUUUUGUUUGUGGUCGCCUUGUGUAUUUUGACGCAAAUGAACUACUUCAACAAGGCUUUGGACCAAUUCGAUACCUCUAUCGUGAAUCCAUUGUACUACGUGACUUUCACAACAUUUACCCUCACGGCUUCGUUCAUUUUGUUCAGAGGUUUCAAUACCACGUCUGCAGUAAACAUCAUCUCGUUAUUGAUUGGAUUCUUGAUCAUUUUUAGCGGAGUGUAUUUGUUGAACAUUUCAAGGAAGGACAACGAAGGUAGAUCAAGAGAGUUGUUUGGUGUUCACAACGAUAAGGACAUGGCACCAAUGGAAAACGGAGUUGCCAGUCUUUCCAUGAGAAGAUCGAUGCAGAUUAGCAGAUCAGACUACAACGAUGAAGAAACUGUGGGACUCAGAAGAUUCGACAGCUUUGAACUCGGCAGCGAUGAUGAAGAAGACACCCGCAGCCACCAGAGACACUAGAUAGCAUCUUCUACUUUAUGUUGUUAGAUUUGACAUGUACACUAGACGCAAUAUACGGGUAAAAUAAAUAUAGGCUGCAAUUGCCGUAACAAAGGAGCUAUAGCACAUGUAACUACUUUAAUAUACUGUAACAACU